AGAGUGCUGGUUUUCACAAAGUUUGUGCUUCCAGUUCCAGAGAAAAGCAGGAAAACAGGUUCAUUCCUCCUGUUCGCCACAGAUUUUUUUUUUUAAUCUUAAAACGGCUCUGUUCACUUUAUUAUGGAUGUUAAAGUACAAAUUAAAUUAGAGUUACUAGUUUGUGUAGUCCCGUUUUGUUUACUGUAAAUUAUGUGCAUAACGCUUCCUCUGUCUUUGCUGCUCACUCCCCUUCAGCUGGUUGGCUCGUCUAGCUGGUUAAGGUAACAGCUGAUUGGUCAGGUUAGUAGGAGGUAAAGGUUUAAAGGUUCAGUUUGAUUGAUAAUAAAAGCACAUUUUUGCUGAAAAGGUGAAUAAAGUGUUCCUGAGCAAAGCCUUAGUCAGAAUUUAAAUGCUGAUUUGAAAACCAAACGUUCAAAACCGAACGUUGUGUACGCAAGUGUAAAGGUUUAAAGUCAAACACUACGCUUUCAUCUUUUUUUUACUCCUGCUUGGUUGACUAUUGCAUCACGAGAAAACUCAAUCAUCUUCAAACUUCUCUGUGUUGUGGACAGUUCUUCUUCCCAGUGGAGAUCAUUUUGUGACAUCAAUGCAAUGCUGCUUCUCAGGCACUGCCAGAGCCUGACUCGACUUGGUGCCGUCGGCACUCUAAGGUAUCAGGCGGCUCCUUGUUUUGCAUCUCGUGCAGUUCGUCUCUGUAGCAGCAGCAGGGAGGAUCAGAGAUCAUACCAGCGUGCCAACUGGAGUGCCAACUGGAAACGUAUUGUUGCUGGGGUGCUGACUGGUACCGGGGCUGUACUGACCUAUGGUCUACUCUACCAAGAGGUUGAGCAAGCAGACGCUGGCUUGCCCACCACAGAGAAGCGCUCCUCUCUUCCUGUCUUCAGCCACGAUGAAAUCUCCAAGCACCGCUCUCUGGAAGACGGCGUGUGGGUCACGUACAAGGGAGGCGUCUAUGACAUCACCGAGUUUGUGCCGAUGCACCCUGGUGGGAAUAAAAUCUUGCUAGCAGCAGGUGGUGCCCUUGAACCUUUCUGGGCCCUGUAUGCUGUUCAUGACCAGGAGUAUGUAUUGGAGAUCCUCUCACAAUAUAAGGUUGGUGAGCUGAGUGUAGAGGACCUGAAGAAGCAGCACAAUGCCAAAGCGUCGGACCCCUACUCUUCGGACCCCGAACGCCACCCGGUGCUCCGGGUCAACAGCAAGAAGCCUUUCAAUGCCGAGCCUCCUCCUGAGAUCCUGACGGAGAACUACAUCACUCCCCAUGUGUUGUUCUUCAAGCGGAACCACCUGCCGGUUCCUCAGGUGGACCCGGUUUCAUAUCGCCUCCAGGUGGAGGGCCUGCCCAAGGGAGCGCUGACUCUGUCGUUAAAGGAUUUGAAGACCCGGUUCCCCAAACACACCGUCACGGCUACGCUGCAGUGCGCCGGGAACCGCCGCAGUGACAUGAACAAGGUAAAGCAGGUGAAAGGACUGAACUGGGGCAUUUCUGCUAUUGGGAAUGCCAAAUGGAGCGGAGCGCGGCUCAGAGACGUUCUACUGGCUGCUGGGUUUGGCCCAGAAGUGGCCAAAUGGGCCCGCCACGUUCACUUUGAAGGACUGGAUAAAGAUGUGUCGGGGUCAGCAUAUGGAACCUCGAUCCCCAUCAACAAGGCCAUGAACGAGGACGGCGACGUGCUGCUGGCGUAUGAAAUGAACGGCGAGGAUAUUCCCGCUGAUCACGGCUUCCCGGUGCGGGUCGUGGUUCCGGGUGUGGUGGGAGCGCGCAACGUGAAGUGGCUGGGGCGGAUCGUGGUCAGCACAGAGGAGAGCAGCAGCCACUGGCAGCAGCUCGACUACAAAGGCUUCUCCCCGGGGACGGACUGGAGCAAGGUCGACCACGCGUCCUCUCCGGCCAUCCAGGAGCUGCCCGUUCAGUCCGCCAUCACCAUCCCGGCAGACGGAGCCGAGAUCGACCGCAGCGACGAAACGCUGACCGUCAAGGGCUACGCAUGGAGCGGCGGCGGCAGAGAGGUAGUGCGGGUCGACGUCUCCCUGGAUGGAGGGAAGACAUGGCAGGUGGCUCAGCUGAGGAGCGGGGACAAAGGUCAACCGGACGAGCCUUCGCCUCCUCCGGGUCGAGCCUGGGCCUGGAAGCUGUGGGAGCUGACUGCUCCACUUCCUCCUGACGCUGACGAGCUGGAGAUUAUCUGCAAGGCGGUGGAUAACAGCUACAACGUGCAGCCGGACUCAAUCCCGCCCAUCUGGAACCUGAGAGGCCUGCUGAGCAACGCCUGGCACAGAGUGAAGGUCAAGGUGACCGAGGAUUAGAGGGAGGCCCGGCCCAAAACUCAUCAUCAAGGAGGGAGCUUUGUUUUGUGUCGAUCUGCGCGGUUAACAGAUUCUGUCUAAAGUUUACAAAGUAUUUAUGUGAUCUUGUUGCUUGGGAGAUUUGAAAAAUGAAAGUUUUAUAUGAAUAAAGUCAAACAUCUCAACGGUAUCUGCCGUGCCACACAGGAGGUUCAGGGUGAUGAAGGGACUAGAGAUACACCGAUCAGGCUUUUCCUGAUCAAUACUGAUAUCUGGGUCUCUGACGUCUAACCUGCAGAUUCAGACUUUUUUUUUAUUUUUUUUUUUUAAAUGUAACCAAGAAAAUAAAAUAUUUAUGUAGAUUCUUUGAUAGCAGUAGUUAGGCUCUUUAUAAAUAUAUAUUUUUAUAUAUGAAAGAUUUUAUAUGAAAAUACAUGCCGUUUGUCGACGAGGGUGAAUCAGAGACUACUGAAAGUCUUUAAUUUUUAACAAGUGAUGGUACUGAUUGUAUUGUGAUCAACUUUAGCAACAAGUGGGAGAAAAUACAAUUCCUUACAUCUCUUUAUUUAGUUAAAAAAGGAAAAUAAAAAAAAUAAAUACAGCACAUAAUUUACAACAUCACAGCAUAAAAUAACUGAGCAAGAAAAAAUACCAAUUGUGUAUAAAUUUGUUUGGGAUUUUCUCUGCUGAUGUUGGAAAACUGGAAUUUCUUAGUGCCUCUCUUUGUAACAUAACAGCUAAUUUCUUAAUUUGUUAGAGCCGUUGUACAGGGGCCAAAGAGCUAUUGGUUGGACCAUAAAUAUAGUCAUAAUAGAAAAUGGUGAGAGAUCUUGGUUUUGACACAGUGACUAAACAAAAAGAAACAAAUCAGCCGAUCAAUACACAAUUGUCUUAAUUUGUUUCUUUGAUCAGAGCAUCAUAAGAAGUGAUUUUCUCAGCAAUUGUGAUUGAACCUUUAUUUUUGAACAUGUGUGCGGUUAUAUAUUUAAAUCUCUGUAAUUAGGAACAUUUUAAGGACAUAUUUUAUUUAGUGUUACUGUUCCCAUUACAGUUUAUUUGAAGGUACAAAUUUAGUGGAGUUGUUACUUUAAAGGUAAUCUCUACAAAAGUAGCGAAGGCAAAGUCUCCAGCUCAAAGUUUUGUUCACUGAAUUUAUAUAUAGGUUUAAAUGUUUUUGAUGCAUCCAUUGAUGAGUAGAAAGUCAGGUGAAAGAGUGACUUGGAGACCCAACAAACCGACACCCUAGGCAAGGUUGUAAAAGCUCGUUGUCACGGAUGUAGUCUCCCUGUAAUUCACCACAGUGGAUGGGGCAGAAGACUGGUUGUGCCUAAACUGAUGCAGUAUUCAGGUUGGUGUUUUAAUCCAGUAUCGUUACUUUGAGCACUUGCAUUCAUCAGCAUGCCUCUCUUAGUAAGUGUCAUCAGACAAUGCACACUUCGUUAGCCAUGCAGUGGUUGUGCAAGUCUCACUUUUUUCCACAUAAUCAGCCUGUUUUCAAUGUGUUUUGAGGUUUAAUUGCACCAAAGCAAUGUGCGGGGUUCAGAGGCCUGGCUACCAAAGACUGUUUUCUGUUGUAAAGUGAUUUUAAAAUUACUUAUUACUUUUCUGUUUUAGAAAACAAAUGAAAAGACAAUUCCCACUUAUUUAUGUUUCAUACUAGGUUAUAAACUGCCACUGAAGAAAAUCUCUGCCCAAGAUUUAUCAAAAUCGGGGGGAAAUGAGCACUAACAAUUAAAAAGUACUUCAUGUUUCAGUAUAGAAGGACAUUACACAAGAGACCAGUUAAUAAACUUGUUCUUGUUUUUAAUGAGAGUAUUUCAGGUCAUUCAUUGUCAACACACCAGGAGGGACGCCUUUAGCCAACACUGUGUUGAUGUCAUAGCUAAAAGUGUUAAGUCAUGUAAGGUACAACACCCUGAUGUGGUUGUCGUGUGUUUAUGACGCAGCACUAAUGGAAACAAGUGUUGGUUUAAAGAAAGAUGACAGAAUUAAAACUGUUUUUGACUUGGCAAUGAAGAACAUUUUGACCAGGGCCUGAAGUUUUGAGCCAAAUAUGCAGUUUUUAGAAAAUAUUUCCAAGAAGGGAGCUAAUUUUCAUGACACUGGAUGUGUUUUUGUUCUGUUAAAUCAGAUUUAUAAAUGGUUACCUACUGAUGUGUCAUAUCCAGCAGUGCUUUUAAAAUUCGUACUGUGCAUUUAUAGACUUCUAACCUGACUCUGACUUCCUUCUGCUGAUGUUGUUGCUGCUCAGUGUGAAACUGUCAGGAUGCCAAACUACACAGCACCUCCUGGAUUCUCACUCUUGUUUUAUAUACCAAGUACAUUUUAUUUUUCAUCAUUUCUCACAGUAAUGUAAGCUUAAUGUUUUCUGUAAUGUUUUAAUGUUUCAUUUUCUUUAAUGUUAACUUUUAACCCUAACACUUUAGAAUGGAAGUAUAUUUUGCUAUGCAGUCAUAAUCUUUUUAUUCACUUAUUCAUAAAAAAAAUUUAUUUUUUGAUUUGUUUUGUUGCAUUUGUGCACAAACAUCUAAUCUUUAAAAAAUUUAAAAUGUGUCCACUUGAAAAUACACCUAGCACAUGUUUACAAUAAAAUAUAGUCAGGAUUUUGUUUAUUCCUUCAUGAGACCAUUUGUAGUUAAAAAAAAAUGUUUCUGAAUAUCUGGGAAUGAGAUAAACUGGAUUUGAAACCUAAA